AUGCAGUUUGUAUCUUGGGCCACACUGCUAACGCUCCUGGUGCGAGACCUGGCCGAGAUGCGGAGCCCAGACGCCGCCGCGGCCGUGCGCAAGGACAGGCUGCACCCGAGGCAAGUGAAAUUAUUAGAGACUCUGAGCGAAUACGAAAUCGCGUCUCCAGUCCGAGUGAACGCCCUCGGAGAACCCUUUCCCAGGAACGUGCACUUCAAAAGAAGGCGACGGAGUAUUAACUCUGCCUCUGACCCCUGGCCAGCCUUCGCCUCCUCCUCUUCCUCUUCUACCUCCUCCCAGGCGCAUUACCGCCUCUCUGCCUUCGGCCAGCAGUUUCUAUUUAAUCUCACCGCCCAUGCCGGAUUUAUCGCUCCACUGUUCACUGUCACCCUCCUCGGGGCGCCCGGGGUGAACCAGACCAAGUUUUAUUCGGAGGAGGAAGCAGAACUCAAGCAUUGUUUCUACAAAGGCCAUGUCAAUACCAAGUCCGAGCACACGGCGGUCAUCAGCCUCUGCUCCGGAAUGCUGGGCACAUUCCGGUCCCAUGAUGGGGAUUAUUUUAUUGAACCACUACUGUCCAUUGAUGACGAAGCGGAUGAAGAGGAACAAAACAAGCCCCACAUUAUUUAUAGGCGCAGCACCCCCCAGAGGGAGCCCUCAGCAGGAAGGCACGCGUGUGACACAUCAGAGCACACAGGCCCCAGUCAAGACAAGAGAAGAACCACAUCAAGCCCCUGGGGCGGAAGGAGUCACCUAGCGGAUGAUGUGGCCACGUUAGAGAGCAGCUUAGCAGCCAAAGCUUUUUCUACCUAUGGUAACAGGACGGACGGCAUGAAGGAAAAGACGACCCACAGAAGGACAAAGCGUUUUUUAUCCUACCCACGGUUUGUCGAAGUGAUGGUGGUGGCAGACAGUAGAAUGGUCGCAUACCACGGAGCAAACCUUCAACACUAUAUUUUAACUUUAAUGUCAAUUGUAGCCUCUAUCUAUAAAGACCCAAGUAUUGGAAAUUUAAUUAAUAUUGUUAUUGUGAACUUAGUAGUGAUUCAUAAUGAACAGGAAGGACCUUCCAUAUCUUUUAAUGCCCAGACCACACUAAAAAACUUCUGUCAGUGGCAGCAUUCAAAGAACUAUCCUGGUGGGAUCCAGCAUGACACGGCUGUCCUGGUAACAAGACAGGAUAUCUGCAGAGCGCAGGACAAAUGUGACACGUUAGGUCUCGCUGAAUUGGGAACCAUCUGCGAUCCUUACAGAAGCUGUUCUAUCAGCGAAGACAGUGGGCUGAGCACGGCCUUCACCAUAGCCCAUGAGCUGGGCCACGUGUUUAACAUGCCUCAUGAUGACAACAACAAGUGCAAAGAAGAAGGUGUUAAAAGUCCCCAGCACGUCAUGGCUCCCACACUGAACUUCUACACCAAUCCCUGGAUGUGGUCAAAGUGUAGUCGGAAAUACAUCACUGAGUUUUUAGACACUGGUUAUGGCGAGUGUUUGCUUAACGAACCCGAAUCCAGACCCUACCCUUUGCCUCCUCAACUUCCAGGCCUGCUUUACAACGUGAAUAAACAAUGUGAAUUGAUUUUUGGGCCAGGAUCUCAGGUGUGCCCGUAUAUGAUGCAGUGUAGACGACUCUGGUGCAAUAACGUGGAUGGAGCCCACAAAGGCUGCCGGACUCAGCACACUCCCUGGGCAGACGGGACAGAGUGUGAGCCCGGGAAGCACUGCAAGUUUGGAUUUUGUGUUCCCAAAGAAAUGGAGGUCCCCGUGACUGACGGAUCCUGGGGCAGUUGGAGUCACUUCGGAACCUGCUCAAGAACAUGUGGAGGGGGCAUCAAAACAGCUGUCCGAGAGUGCAACAGACCCGAGCCAAAUAAUGGUGGAAAGUACUGUGUAGGGCGCAGAAUGAAAUUCAAGUCCUGCAACACAGAGCCGUGUCUCAAGCAGAAGCGUGACUUCCGUGAUGAGCAAUGUGCCCACUUUGAUGGAAAGCAUUUUAACAUCAACGGGUUGCUUCCCAACGUCCGCUGGGUCCCCAAAUACAGUGGAAUCUUGAUGAAGGACCGGUGUAAGUUGUUCUGCAGGGUGGCCGGGAACACAGCCUACUAUCAGCUCCGAGACAGAGUGGUGGAUGGCACUCCCUGUGGCCAGGACACCAAUGACAUCUGUGUGCAAGGCCUGUGCCGGCAAGCUGGAUGUGAUCAUGUUUUAAACUCAAAAGCUCGAAGAGAUAAAUGUGGGGUUUGCGGUGGUGAUAAUUCUUCAUGCAAAACAGUGGCAGGAACAUUUAAUACGGUGCAUUAUGGUUACAACACUGUGGUGCGAAUUCCAGCUGGUGCUACCAGUAUAGACGUGCGGCAGCACAGUUUCUCAGGGAAAUCAGAGGAUGACAACUACUUAGCUUUAUCAAGCAGCAAAGGCGAAUUCUUGCUAAAUGGAGACUUUGUUGUCACAAUGUCCAAAAGGGAAAUCCGCAUUGGGAAUGCUGUGAUUGAAUACAGCGGGUCUGACAAUGUCGUGGAAAGGAUCAACUCCACGGAUCGGAUCGAACAGGAACUUUUGCUUCAGGUGUUGUCGGUGGGGAAGCUGUAUAACCCCGACGUGCGCUAUACUUUCAAUAUCCCAAUCGACGAUAAACCUCAGCAGUUUUACUGGAAUACCCAUGGCCCCUGGCAAGCCUGCAGCAAACCCUGCCAAGGGGAGCGGGAAAGAAAGCUUGUUUGCACCCGGGAAUCAGAUCAGCUUACAGUUUCUGAUCAGAGAUGUGAUCGGCUGCCCCAGCCGGGACCCAUUACCGAGCCCUGCGGCACAGACUGUGAACUCAGGUGGCACGUUGCCAGCAGGAGUGAGUGCAGCGCUCAGUGCGGCCUGGGCUACCGCACGUUAGACAUCUACUGUGCCAAAUACAGCAGGCUGGAUGGGAAGACCGAGAAGGUGGAUGACAGCUUCUGCAGCAGUUAUCCCAAGCCCAGCAGCCAGGAGAAAUGCUCAGGAGAGUGUAACACGGGCGGCUGGCGGUAUUCAGCUUGGACUGAAUGUUCUAAAAGCUGUGCUGGGGGAACCCAGAGGAGAAGGGCUAUUUGUGUCAACAGUCGAAACGAUGUGCUGGAUGACAGCAAAUGCACUCACCAGGAGAAGGUCACCAUUCAGAGGUGCAGUGAAUUUCCUUGUCCACAGUGGAGGUCAGGAGACUGGUCAGAGUGCUUGGUCACCUGUGGAAAAGGCCACAAGCACCGCCAGGUCUGGUGUCAGUUUGGCGAAGAUCGAUUGAACGAUAGACUGUGUGACCCCGAGACCAAGCCUGCUUCCACGCAGCCCUGUGAGCAGCCGGAAUGUGCGUCCUGGCAGGCGGGCCCCUGGGGACAGUGCAGUGUCACUUGUGGACAAGGCUACCAACUAAGAAUAGUGAAAUGCAUCAUGGGGACUUACAUGUCAGUGGUAGAUGACAAUGAUUGCAAUGCAGCAACCAGACCAACUGAUACCCAGGACUGUGAAUUGCCUUCUUGUCGCCCUCCCCCAGCUGCCCCGGAAACAGGGAGAAGCAUACACAGUGGACCAAGGACCCAGUGGCGAUUUGGGUCUUGGACUCCAUGCUCAGCCACUUGUGGAAAGGGAACCCGGAUGAGAUACGUCAGCUGCCGGGAUGAGGAUGGCUCCGUGGCCGACGAGAGCGCCUGUGGCACCCUGCCAAGGCCGCUGGCCAAGGAAGACUGCUCAGUGGCCCCUUGUGGGCAGUGGAAGGCUUUGGACUGGAGCUCUUGCUCCGUGACUUGUGGGCAAGGUAGGGCAACGCGGCAGGUGGUGUGUGUCAACUACAGUGACCAUGUGAUCGAUCACAGCGAGUGCGACCAGGAUUAUGUCCCAGAAACCCACCGGGACUGCUCCAUGGCACCGUGCCCUCAGCAGGUCCCAGACGGCAGCCUAGCUCAGAACCCUUUCCAAAAUGAGGAUUACCGGCCAAGGAGCGUGAACCCAAGCCGCACGCAUGUGCUUGGGGGGAACCAGUGGAGGACUGGUCCCUGGGGAGCAUGUUCCAGUACCUGUGCUGGUGGGUCUCAGCGGCGUGUGGUCGUGUGUCAGGAUGAAAACGGAUACACCGCAAAUGACUGCGUGGAAAGAAUCAAACCCGAUGAGCAAAGAGCCUGUGAAUCUGGCCCGUGUCCUCAGUGGGCUUAUGGCAACUGGGGAGAGUGUACUAAGGUGUGUGGUGGAGGAACACGGACAAGACUGGUGGUCUGUCAGAGGCCCAGUGGUGAACGAUUUCCAGAUUUGAGCUGUGAAAUUCUUGACAAACCUCCGGACCGCGAGCAGUGUAACACACAUAAUUGUCCUCAAGAUGCCGCCUGGAGUAUUGGCCCGUGGAGUUCGUGUUCUGUGUCUUGUGGUCGAGGGAUUAAACAACGAAAUGUUUACUGCAUGGCAAAAGAUGGAACCCAUUUAGGAAAUGAUUACUGUAAACACCUUGCUAAGCCAAAUGGGCACAGAAAGUGCCGAGGAGGAAGAUGCCCCAAGUGGAAGGCUGGAGCCUGGAGUCAGUGCUCCGUGUCCUGCGGCCGAGGCGUCCAGCAGCGGAACGUGGGCUGUCGAAUCGGAACUCACAAAAUAGCCAGAGAGACCGAGUGUAACCCGUACACCAGACCCGAGUUGGAGCGUGCCUGCCAAGCCCCACCGUGCCCCCUCUACCUGUGGCGGGUAGAGGAGUGGCAAGAAUGUACCAAGACUUGCGGGGACGGCUCCAGGUACCGCAAGGUGGUGUGUGUGGAGGAAGGCCAGGGCGAGGUUCAUGGCGUGCACUGUGACAUGGCCCAGCGGCCUGCUGACCACGAGAGCUGCAGCCUACAGCCCUGCGAGUACGUGUGGAUCACAGGAGAAUGGUCAGAGUGCUCAGUGACCUGUGGAAAGGGCUACAAACAAAGGCUGGUCUCGUGCAGCGAGAUCUACACUGGGAAGGAGAACUAUGAGUACAGCUACCAGACCACCGUCAACUGCCCGGGCACGCAGCCCCCCAGCGUCCACCCCUGCUACCUGCGGGAAUGCCCGGUCUCGGCCACCUGGAGAGUCGGCAACUGGGGAAGCUGCUCGGUGUCUUGCGGUGUUGGAGUGAUGCAUAGAUCUGUGCAGUGUUUAACCAACGAGGACCAGCCCAGCCACCUCUGCCCCAUUGACCUGAAGCCGGAAGAAAGGAAAACCUGCCACAACAUCUACAACUGUGAGUUACCCCAGAACUGCAGGGAGGUUAAACGACUCAACGGUGCCAACGAAGAUGGUGAAUAUUUCUUGCUCAUUAGAGGAAAGCUCCUGAAGGUGUUCUGUGCCGGGAUGUAUUCGGACCGCCCCAAAGAGUAUGUGACGCUGGUCCAUGGUGACUCUGAGAAUUUCUCUGAGGUUUACGGGCACAGACUGCACAAUCCGACAGAGUGUCCCUACAACGGGAGCCGGCGGGAUGACUGCCAGUGCCGGAAGGACUACACAGCAGCGGGCUUUUCCACCUUCCAGAAGAUCAGGAUAGACCUGGCCACCAUGCACAUAGUCACCACCGACUUACAGUUUGCCAGGACCAGUGAAGGCCAUCCCGUCCCUUUCGCCACCGCCGGGGACUGCUACAGCGCUGUCAGGUGUCCACAGGGUCGUUUUAGCAUUAACCUUUACGGAACUGGCCUGUCAUUAACAGACUCUGCCCGGUGGAUAUCACAGGGGAAUUAUGCUGUCUCCGACAUUAAGAAGUCACCGGAUGGCACCCGCGUCGUCGGGAAGUGUGGCGGCUACUGUGGGAAGUGCACGCCAUCCUCCGGCACUGGCCUGGAGGUCCGAGUGUUAUAG